AAAAUGGACUAUGAAGAAGAAUAUGAUGGAGAGGAUUACUAUUAAGAUUCAAAUUCAUACUAUCAACCUCAACUUCUUUAAAGAAACUCAUCCAUUAAGUUUAUAUUUUUAAUAUUUAAAGUUAGGAAACUCUUGAAUUACAAGAUGUUAUGGAAUAUAUAGAUCAAUUGAUCAACAAUAUAGGAGAAUUAUUAAAUUUUGAUUCUGAUAACACUUAUGAAGUAUCAAGAUUAUAAAAUUUAGAUAUUAAUGUUUUAUAAUUGGAACAAAGAUAGAAUCGAGAGUGAAUACCAUGAAAAAAUUAUAGAAUAACUGUAAAAACAAGGCAUUUUAAAUAAUCAUUCAGCUAUUUCUUACGAAAACAAUACAACUAGUUGUCCUUUAUGUUUAGAAAUUACUACUAUGGUUAAAUUAGGAUGUGGACAUUUAUUUUGCCAUAGUUGUGUUACACAUACAAUUGCUUAAAGAUUUUCAAAAGAAUAAUUUUUGGUAAUUCCUUGUCUAUAAUAUGGAUGUAAAUAUAGAUUACCAAUUUCAAUGAUUAAAAAAUUUUCUAGACCAGAGGAUUUUUAAAAAAUAGUUUGCCGAAAAUUUAUUGAUACUAAUAAAUCACUUGCAUAUUGUUAAGGAGUUGAUUGCAAGAAAAUAUUAAGACCAAAAGAUUUAUCAAUAACUACUGUUACAUGUCCUUGUGGAACAUCAUUUUGUUUUAGAUGUAAAAAUGAAUUCCAUCUUCCUGUUCCUUGUGAUAUGGCUAAAACCUGGGUUUCUGAAAUAACUAAAAAUGAAGCCAAUAUAAAAUGGAUAGUUCUCAAUACAAAAAUAUGCCCUUUUUGUAAAAGACCUGUUGAAAGAUCUGACGGAUGCAAUUAUCUAAUGUGCAAACCUCCUGGAGGUUGUGGAAAGGCUUUUUGUUAUGUUUGCUCUAAUCCUUGGGAACCAGACCAUAAAGAUCAUUUUAAAUGUAGCAAAUAUGUUCCCCCUUCUAAUAAUUUAGAAAGAGAAAAAGAAAUAUUAGCUAGAUAUAACUUCUAUUAUGAAAGAUUUUUAAAUUCUCAUUCUGGUGUUGAAUAAAAUUAAAAAAGGUUAAAAUAACUUAAAGAAAAACAUUAUUAAGAAAUAUAAGAUAUUUAUGAAGUUACUAAUAUUGAAGCUGGAUUUUUGGAAACUGCUCUCAAAGAAUUAAUUUAAUCCAGACAAGUUUUAAAAUGGUAAAUAAUGCUAUUUAAUUUAGGACUUAUUGUCUUGGCUUUUUCAUAUCCUAAACUAACCCUAAUUCUUCGAAGUUAUUUGACAAUUAUCAGAAAGAUUUUGAACAUUCUUGUGAAUAAUUAAGUUAAAUUUGCAUGUAACUUUUUCAUGAGUUAGAAAAAAUGUAAAAUUAAUUUACAAGAACAUAAAUUUCAUUAGAAACAAGAAGAAUAGAUUUCUUUUAAAGAAAAGAGCAAUUUCAAAAAAUGUAAAAUAGAUGUAAAUUAUUGAGAGAUAAUUUAUUAAAAGCUAGCGAAAAUGGUGAUAUAAUGAACUGA